AUGGUUGUGCUCUCAGGUCUUGGAACACCAAAUGAAAAUAUUUGGCCCGGUUAUAGCAGUUUGCCUGUUGUAAGGAAGAUGAAAUUUGAACAUUAUGAACCGGGUGAAUUGGAGAAAAAGUUCCCACCAAGUUUGAUUGAUGAAAGUGGAUUGCAGUUCAUCAAGCAGAUGCUUACAUAUGAUCCAAAUAAAAGAAUUACUGCACGAAAUGCUUUGCAUCAUGAGUGGUUUGAUCGAUAUCCACCACCGGUACCACCAGAAUUGUUCCCAACAUGGCCAGCAAAAAGUGAAAUGGGCAGACCAGUUGUGAAAGGGCCAGUGGUUAAACCACCUUCUGUGAACGAUGUGAGUCUUCUUUUUUUCCCGUUUCGCUGUUGA